AUGACAGUUGCGCAGGAUACCACGAUCGCGCACCAUCGGCAAAUGACAAUGGAGGACAUUCUAGUUCGUGACCAAAGGACCACUUCCCACCGAGUUCUCGAUCAUCGUCGUACCUCGUCCAACGGCCCAAACGACACUACUACCACUAUUACUACUGCUACUACCACUGCGUCCCACCAGCUAAACAAACCGCCAACAACCCGAACAACCACCGCCAAAUGGUACAAAACCAUCCUCGAUAAGAAUCAACGAUUAGCAACGGUUAUCGCUCCGAGAAUAAAGAGAAACGAUCCGAAGAAGAGACGCUUGUCGCGUGACUCGUGCCCGGUACCUGCUUUUUACGACGAUCGAGGGAUACGAUCGAGAUACAACGCAUCCGUCGUCACCGCGACCACGUGGCUCAGGUUAGGUAGUCUUUUGGUGACGCUGCUCGUGGUCUCGGUGCACGCCGCCCCGACGAUGACGCUUGAAGAUAGACGGCUCAGCUCGUCCCCGAAAUGGGUGAAUCCUUGUGGCCUCGCUGCCGAAGAUUUUACCGGUGAUUUGGACGUGGUGCAGCUAACCGAUUCGCAGCUUCUGCAUCAAGUUGUCGUUCAAGCGAAAACGGCGCUAAUGCACGCGGAACUUUUUCGUGAUGAUUACGCUAGACAAACGUUCAACAUCGAUUUUGCCGAUUUGCGUUCGACGUUUAAAGACAACCACUACGAUUGGCUCCCCGGGCCAAACGAAAUCCCCAAGGAACUCGGAAAACAGCUGGAUCAAGAGUACCUAAACAGAUUAGAACUUGAUACGGCUCUUAUCAAUGCGUAUGAAUACAUGCAAAAGUAUGCAGUGGGUCUCGAGCAGAUAGUCUGGGAUCAAGAUGAUCUUCAGCUUGAGUUUCGCAAUCAGUUUAAGGACACCGAAUAUAAACUGCGAGCGGUUCUGUGCGAGCUGCAAGUGGCACUAGUGGAACGGCAGUUAUUGUCACGGCCAGACGUGACGCGCGACAUCAUGAAGUCGGAAUUCCGCGUGUCAUCGUCGGAGACGGACCGGAAUUUGCGCGAUUGGCUGAUCUUUCGGGACUACAUGAACGGGUUGGAAUACGUGGAGCAGGUGUUUGAACAUUUACGGCGCGUUCUGAGGAUGGCAAGGCGAAAGCCGAAGAAGGGCUACCAGACGACGACUCGCCCAUUUGAGGAAACAAUCGGACAAACGGUCAAGCCUGGAUGGUUUCCAUCUCUCGUCGUGAGGUUGCACAGAAAAGUGGAAAGAAGCUAG